GGAUGGAUGUUAAUUAAUAGAUUAUUUAUAUGACUAUUUAUAUGCAGUCAAAAAUAAACCUUCUCAGAGGGGACUCAUUGUGGGCAAAAUCCAAGACCCUCGGUAGCCAAUAUAAUCCAGUUGCUGCACCAAGGAACCGAGUAACAGUUAGAGCUGAUAUUUUAAAUAUAUCAUAUUUAUGUGAGAUAUAAAAUCCUUGUUAUGAAACCUUAUUUCAAGCUAGCUCUAAACAAGUGUUCCAACUACUUUAAUACUCUAUCUCAAUAACCUAAACAAGAGUUAAAAGAGAGAGAGAGAGAGAGAGAGAGAGAGAGAGAGCUUUGUCAAUCCCAAAGCCCAAGCUAAAGCUAUCCAUCUUAAGAAAAAAAAUAUGUUAUUAUGUUUUACACAAAGUUGUCCGUGCCUCAGGAUUUGUCCUGGAAAAUGGAUGGAGGAAAAGGUAUGAAUUCUGAAACGCUUUUAGAUGCCACCUUGGAGCAGCGGCAGCAGCGGCAGUCUUUCUGCCUGGCUGUCCUCCCUAUUGAGAAGCUGCGCGCCUCUCUCCGCGCUCCUUCCCGGAAAGCAAGCCCACGCCCAGGCCAUCGCCCAUGGCCUUCUCCCCCACGCCACCCUUGAGACCGACCUCCUCCUCAUGUACUCCCGCUGCUCCCAACUCUACCUCGCCCGCCAGGUCUUCGACCGAAUGCCCCACCGAAACAUGCACUCAUGGAACAUCCUCCUCUCCUCCUACGUCCAGACCUCCCUCUUCCACCACGCCCUCGCUCUCAUUCAUCCCUUCCUCCAAUCCGGCCUUCGCCCCGACCACUUCACCCUCCCUUCCCUUCUCAAGGCAAGCGCCGGCACCGGCACCGGCGAUGCUUCUCUCGGGAUGGCACUCCACAACUGGGCCAUCGUUCUCGGCCUCGAAGACCAUGUUGUCGUGCGGGGAUCCAUACUCGACGUGUAUGCGAAAUGUGGAAAUUUAGUUGGUGCACACUACUUGUUCGAGACUAUGCUUAACAGAGAUGUGGUGAUAUGGAAUUCCAUGAUUUCUGGCCUUGCAAGAGCUGGGCAUUCCGUUGAGGCACUGCAUCUCUUCCGGCGAUUGCAAUGGGAGGGGGAGGAGAUGGAUUCAAGGGCUAUCCCGAGCAUCCUGCAUGCCUGUGGUGGAAUUGGUGAUUUGAUUAGAGGGAAAGAAGUUCAUGGGAGAGUAAUUCGAUGUUUAGCAUUCAAUUCGGAUACUGCGAUUGGGAAUUCUUUGAUGGACAUGUAUGCCAAGUGCGGUUUCCUGGAAGGUUCGCAUAAGGUUUUCUUAAGCAUGCACGAUCGGGAUCUUGUGACCUGGUCUACAUUGAUAUCUUGCUAUGGUGUUCAUGGUAAGGGAAAGGAAGCAUUGAGCCUUUACAAGGAGAUGAUAGCAUGCGGACUUGAGCCCAACUGUAUCACCUUCACUUCAGUCUUAGCUAGCUGUAGCCACUCUGGCCUAAUCGAUGAAGGCCGGCAGGUCUUCGAUUCGAUAGUCAAUGUUUUUGAGGUCGAGCCUAGAGUCGAGCACUAUGCUUGUAUGGUGGAUCUUUUGGGUCGCUCAGGGAGUAUAACAGAAGCUCUAGCACUGAUACGUAAGAUGCCGAUGGAGCCGGCACCGAGUGUUUGGGGAGCAUUGCUGGGUGCUUGUGCUGUCCAUAGGAAUUUGGAGGUUGGAGAAAUUGCUGCAUACAAACUAUUUGAAUUGGAGGCUGGCAAUCCUAGCAACUAUGUCGCGCUCAAUGGCAUAUAUGAUGCUGUUGGUCGGUGGGAUGGCGUAGCUCAGAUGAGAUCAAGGAUGAGAGAAUUUGGCAUGGUGAAGACACCAGGGUGUAGUUGGGUUGAUGUGAAGGGGAGGUUGCAUGCUUUCUACCAGGGGGGUGUUCCGCAUCCUUCGGCAAACAGAAUUCAUGAGCUGUUGGAUACAUUAACAAAGGUGAUGACUAAUUCGGAUGAUGGGCAUGGAUGAGUUGGAUCAGUACUUUGAGCAUAUGAACUUCUAUCUAGUGCAUGAGGUGUACGAUGAGAUCCAGCUCAAGGAGCUUCAAUGGUCUCUACACUAAACAGACAUCAAAUAUAUGUUCUCAGGGCCUAUUAGUGAGCUUCAAUCAGGGUUCAUGCAAUUCUCUAUGACCUGACUGACAUUGGCUAGGCUCGAUUGAGAGCAUUGACAUCCCUAGCAUCCCUCAUUUCUCAGUUUGAUUCUAUUUUUUUCGGAAGUGGGAGGGACUAUUUUCCACCUUACCAGGCUCUAGGAGAGACUAAGCCAUUGCUCCAAGAACCAAGGACUUGUAUAUGCAUGGGUGGUAUGCUUUCAAACAUGUAAAUUGAUUCGAUGUGUUCAAAUCAAGGUAUUUCCUUCAAUAUCAAAAUAGACUGAUAUGCGUA